AAUUCCUUUCCUUCUCCUUCCAUUGCACUCUUUCCAAUAAUAUAAGCACAUAUUAUACUCCCUAAUCUACUUUUACCCUUAAUCAAAUAAGUAAAUCAUGUAACACUAUAAAUCCAUGAUUGCAUGAACUAAUUUCUCUAACUCAUUCCAUUAAAUAUCUAAAUUUAACUCCCCCUAAAAUAUACCUCUAAUGAGUUCCAUGUUUAACCUGGUUGAGAGAGGCCAGGCUAUGGCCAAGGAAUUUGCUCAAAAAUCUAUUGGAUCGAUGGAAUCACUUCGUACUCGUUGGCCAUGGUUCGAGGCGUGGAGAAAUUUAUUUAAGGUUGGUCCCGUAAAAGCGAAGGGCAAACCAAUUCAGAAUGGUAAUGCACCCUCUGCUCCUAUAGCAGAAGAGGAAUCAACAAAAGAACAUGUGAAAUCUCAUGCAGUACCAGAAUCUACAGAUAAUGUUGAAGAAGAAAUUCUUCCUGGAGAAGAAAAAGGUGUAGAAAUUGAAAUAGAAUCUCCUUCCAUAAAAGAAUCUGCAGAAGUAAGAAAACAGCCUGGUCAGGUAGAAGAUGCUGGGAAAGUAGAAGGGAAAUCACAAAAACCCGGGAAAAAGAGUCAUUCACGGCUCAAUGGGUGUAGUAUCAUGUAACCUACCCUUAUAUAUAUGUACAAAUCCGAUGCAACUAUAAGAAAGAUGAAUAAUUGAUUGCUAAUAUUAUUUAAUAGGCAUUGUUAAUGAGUUGGGUAGUGCAGAGUGCAUGCAUGUUCAACAAACGAUUUUACAAAUUCCGUAGCCGGGUCCGGGGGCAGUAGCUCCAGGUAGCAAGGUCCACGGGGCAAAGCCCCUGGCUUGGGUGAAAA